AUGACGCGAUCGCGGCCACGGCGUUUGGCAGAAUUGCACAGAAUGAACAUAAACACAGUGAUCAUGGAGGACAGCAGCAGCAGCAGCAGCAGCAGUCGCAGCAGUGCUGAUGAGGGGGAUGAUGGAUCGUCGUUGUUGUUGUUGUCGAGUGGUGCCUCGUCUUUGUCGAGCGUAUUAUCGGGGGCGAGCGAGGGCGGCGUGAGGGGAACAACCCAAAGAAGUAACAAGUGGACUCGUGCUGUUGGCGGUAGUGAUGAUGGUGGUGGAAAUGGCGGGAAGGACUUGUGGGGUGAUGGUGAGCUUGAUGAUGGGCGGUCCAGUUGCGACAGUGACAAUGAGGAGGCGAGGACGCGUUUGGACGAGCAAUCCAGGCACAGCAUCGACGCACGCGUGCUGCCAGUGGCGUGGCUGGUCCAGUUCACGGCAACGCUUGAAGUGGGGAACCUUGCGAAUGUCAACACGCAGCUCGGGCAGGACCUUGGCAUCUCACAGCAACGCCUCGCCGUGGCCAUUACCAUCUUCUACGCUGCCGCCAUUGUCCUGGCCAUCCCCUCCAACCUCAUGCUUCGCGCGGUCAAGACAAAAGUCUGGCUCGGCGUCUUGACCAUGCUCUCCGGCGUUGCCAUGGCCUGCAUCAAUUUUGUCACCACCGAUACCCAGGUCAUCGUUGCCCGCGCAGCACUGGGCGUGGUCUCUGCGGGCAUCGCCCCUGGCAUCCUGUAUGUGCUUAUCAAAUGGUACAAGCGAGGAGAACGCAGUGUUCGCAUUGCCCUGCUCAUCAGCGCCACGACCAUGGCUGCCGCUUUUGGUGGGCUCGUUGCUGACGGCUGCCUUCACAUUUCAGGUUCGCUCGCAUCGUGGCGAUACUUCUUCCUCAUCGAAGGAGCACUCAUCUUUGCAGUGGGUGUGCUUGCGUAUCUGCUGCUACCGCGUCCGCUCUUUCCGUCUCGUGAUAUCGCCUUUCAUCCAAACACACGCAUCGAGGCGUGGACAUCGUGCUCGUGCGGUGAGACGAUUGACACCUUGACAGACGCCACCGUCUGGCUCUUUGCCAUCGUCUUCUACUCCGUGUCAGGGGUGCUGUAUUUGAAGCUGCGACUGGACUCGCGCACGAGUGCAAAGAGGGAGGAGCAGCAAGCGCUGUUGCGGGACCCUCGAACCGCAGACACAACCGACAACCCCACGUUUCUUGCUUCCUUUGGCACCAUGGCGUCCACAGCAGCAGCAUCUUCGUGA